CGAGAUUUACUCUCAAUUACCUUGACUUUGCUAUAAUCUAGGCCUUUUCACCUUCAUCUUAUUUGUUAUUGAUCACCGUACCCGCUACAACCGAAGCAGACCAGCAAUUCCAUUGAACCCUCAAAAAGACCGAUCUUAGUCUUCUGAAGAUCUACUCUCCCUCUCCCUCCCUCUCUCUCUGUAAAAUACAUAUCAUGGCCUCGCAAACCGCCGUGUCGGCACGAAGUGCCUAUCGCCAAAUUCUCCGUGCUACCCGCGUUGCCUUUUCCAAUGACACCCGGGUCUUCCUCGCUGCUCGUCAAGAAGCCCGCCAGAAUUUCGACAAUCAUCGUCGCGAAGGCAUCGACACCCCCAUGCAGAUCAACCAUGCUAUCGAGGUCGCCAAUAUCCUAAGACACAACAUCGUACAAGGGACUCGGGAUGCAGCCGAUGAGAAUUCAAAGUGGGAACUCAACAUUCAUGACCAGAUCGAACGCGGCGAUAACGAUUCCAUUAAGAUUGCUGGGAAGAAUGUGAAGGUGGACAAGCCAUGUUCGGCGUAGGAUCUGGGCCGAGAAGUGUUAUAAUAUGGGAUAGAAGCAGUAGAUGGCUGCAGAAUGCUCGCAUUUGAUCGAUUGUAUUAUAGUAUACCCAAACCUUUUUCUCUCUCCUUCGGCGUAUUUUGGGGUAUUUAUAUAGGUUGAGAUAAAUUUUGUCAAGAAAUACAUACAGCAACGCCCGCUUUCAAAAU